AUGCAAUACGGCCAUAUGCCCCUGCCAGAGCGCAGAGACCCAAACCUUGACACCAAUGGCUCAACACCCUUUCAAACUCACCAGAGUUUAGGUCAGGCUCUGGGAACCCAUCUUGGUGCUCCAGGUCCGGCGUAUGGCCGAGCCGCAGACAACUACCGUAACCCUUCAACUUCUCCCCCAACUCUCAACCAAUCGGGCCCACCACCCCAAGCGCAUGCAUCCUCGUCGGCACACUCCCCUCUCACUUUUGUGACAAGCGGUGGGCAGUCGUCACCUGGUUUGAAGCGUAAACAGAUCGAAAGCUCGCUUGGAACACAAAUACUCAAGCGAAGGCGAGAUACAGACGACCCUGACGGAUACGACGGUGACGGUAAUGGUCAGGGUGCUAAACACUGGACUGAUGAAGAGAAAACAAAGCUCUUCACAUGGCUGAUGGGCCCUGGGCAAGAUGACCACUGGAACGCUCUUCGCGCAACAAAAAACUCAUGUUUGCGAGAGUGCGCUGUUGAGGUGUUCGAAAGCAAAAAGACAUACCAAGCUUUAAAAGGAUGCUACGAGCGCAAUUUCAACGUUUUCAAGCAGAUAUACGCCUUUGAAACGUAUCACAGUCAUGCUGGCCCAGUAAUGCCAGGUUUGAGUGAAGCCGAACGCGUUAAGGAAUAUGAGCGUCGCAUUGCAAUUGCGAAGAAAGCAGGAUGUGAGAUUGGAAACCUCCUUCCAAAAACACUUGAUUCAUGGCAUCGGCUCGGUUGGUACAACCUCUUUUAUCGAAGAUGGCAUGGUGAUCCGGCUACAACGAGACCCGUCCAGGCUCGGGGCGCUGGAGCUGGACCGUCAAAUGCUGCAGGCGACGAUCCAGAUGAAGAUAAUCAACCUAUCGAUUUCGGAGAUCCCAUGAUGGUGAACGGUCUCAGUGGCCUUACCCAUGACCGCAACAACCACGUUGCAUUUCUCAAUCCGCAGGCACUCAGGGACAAUCCACUACCGCCACCGUUACCCCAACCAUCUCCCACAGGCGGAAACGGUCCUAUACCAAUACCCUCUCUCGCGAACGGCGUCGAUCCGGGCGUCGCGAACCUAUCAAUCAACGCCAAUGUAGUUAAUGUUUUGAUGCAAUUUGUGCAAAUGCAAAGUCAGGCUUCGAAGAUGAAGCUAGAAUACCUCCGUCGGCGGGACGAUCGAGAAGAAAAGGAGAGUUUGCAGCGAAGAGAGAUGCAGCGUUUGAAGAUGGAGCGGGAAGCGAGUGAGUUUGAGUUUAAGCAGCAGACUGAAAUGCACAAGCAAAAGACGGAGAAAGCGCUCCAAAUCCUCAGCCGAAGUGACAUCGACGCCAACAUGAAGACGAUGCUCACAGACUAUCUUCGCAAGUUUUUUUCGGAAUGA